AUUUUUCACAUGCUUUCUGCAUGCUUUUGAAUCAUGGCGGUCAUCCAGUUUCAUCUUGCAUGCUGUUAUCUAAGGCUGCGGAAAGCAAUCACAUUCCCGCCCGGACUGCUCCCAACCUUCCACAACCACAACAGCGUGUUCUGCACUUCAUCUGUAAAUCACAAAAGACAGCUGAGUAUAGCGGAAUGUCAUCACCGCAACGCGAGGGUCAACAAACCCUUGAGUGUAGGCAGUGACGUUGCUUUGCUAGAAUCCAGAAUUCUAUCUCCAUCCACAAGGCAUGACCCCACUUGCCGAAAUGGUCAACUUCGUUAUCGUGGGGAAGUUGGUGCGGGUGCGGGGAAGACUUUCCCAGCGAAUCUCCAUCCGCCGCCCAACCACAGCACAUCCUCUUGUCCGAAGAGCAACCCAGACUGGAGCACGGGAGCCUGCCAGGAGUCGAUUGUACCGGCACCCCGUCCUUUUGACUCUACCACAGCACAUAGAGUCGCUGCAGGUGGCUGCAGGCUCGGAGGUUCGCUUGGGUUCAGACAAAGAAACCUGGUCAGUUUCGAGAGCCCUUUGCCUGGCGCAGACGUCACACGUCGCUCUUCCCGCAGUGCCCAGUCCGCCGUCCACCCUCGAGCCGUGACGCAGACGCAGGUCCAUUGAGCUCAGGCAGGGGCGCCUAGUAGGUUAGCCGGGAUGAAAGCUUCGGUUCGUUCUGGCAUUUGCGUCUUGUCGGGUUC